AUGUGUGUAAUCGCCUGCAAAAGCACGCAGAGCAAGAGCGCUAGCUGUCUCAAUAACAUUUCCGUCACAUCUCGAAGUCCAGUGUGGGCUGAUCGAUAUGAAAGAGUGGUGAAGAUGUGGAGCAUUCGCGAGUUCGGUGUAUUUCUCCAAACGAGUUUUCUUUGCAAGGGUGAUACAAAGUCAAGGGGAUCAGUGUACCACAUUUUCGUCCUCUUGACUCUCUUGAUGCUACCAAAGAAAUCCUCAAAACCUAUCAUUAUCAACGAAUGCCGGACCAGAGCUCCUGCCGUCAAACACAACGUAAAAGAAGGAUCUGGCGUUUUAUUGCGUUCUCAUAGGAGAAGACAUUCAGAGAAAUAUCGGGAGGAGAAGGUGAUCGAUGUUCUGAGUACGUCCGCAAGAGAGCAAGAUAACACAGACUUAGAAGCUUUACAGAAACCUCAGUGUGAUGGGACUGGUAAGGAAAUGCGCAGCGACUUUUGCUCAAAUUAUCAAGAGUCUUUGAUCCCGACGAAGUUAGAUUACCCAUUGACGGACCCACCAGUCAGUGAAGAUGAGAGUGAUUUCACGAGACUUCAAACGGAUUUUGAGAAGCACCUGAGCUUUCCCCACGGGUCUUCCGAUUCUGAAUUGGAGAACAUUUCAGAAUGCGGAGCCACAUCGGGAUCACAAAGAAGCAUCAGGGAGGAAGCAACUUGCCCCCCGACAUUUCCUGCUGACCGAUCCAAACUCUUGAAAGUAUUUCUAACUAGGGAAGAACAAAGGUUAUCCCUGCUUUCUAACUUACUGUCGGAAUUUGCUAGCAUGAAAAAUGUGCGAAGUACCUCGGUCACAAACGAAGUUCGCAACAUACUUCAGAAUCUCUAUUACAUCCAAAAAGCAUUUGUGAAGGAACUGUAUGUGAACCAGGAGAUAAUGGCUGAUCCAAAUGCAGAAAUCUGUUCGGUUUUCCAUUGCGUGGUUCAACGCCAGGCACUUUUAAGUAGUUAUCAGAAAACCGUAGCGGCUAUGAUGAACAAAAGUGGCCCUGCUAAACCGCUCAACAGUUCAGAAUCGGAGAAAGACCCAAAUGGCGCUAUUCUGGCUUUAAGAAAUAGCUUACAGGAGCCUUACACGUGGAUAGUGCAGACGGUUGAAGAUAUGAAGUCACUCAGUCAGGCCACCACCACUCGCAACCCUGACCAUCAAGGAUUUGAGGCAUUGUAUGAGACUCUUAUGAAGGAGACCAUUGAAUGCCACUCUGUGCUUCCUGCAUACGGCAAAGAACUUUCAUUCGGCACAGUGCGAAAAUUGCUACUACACUCUUUGGUUGUGGAGCUACUAAACUGGAACACUGAUGAGAGAAAACUGCGCUACCUUUUACUUUUCACGGACGUGCUGGUAUGUGCAAAGGUGGUUCGAAAAGACAGACACAGAACGGGACUGGGUGGUAUGUUUCGUGGAGUCCGGGAAAGCACAAGGCAUCGGAAUCAAACUCGUGGACAGAUGAUGCAACCGGAACAGCCCACCGCGAAGUGUUCAUCACAAGAGCAAACGGUUCGACUAGAGACAAAAUGGAUAAUACCGAUUGAAUCAUUGACUUUACAUUCGAACAUGAGAGUCGGAACGGAUCAGCAAAGAGAAGCGGAGCAAGAGAAAAAAAUUGAGCGGCUGAAGGAACUGAUUUCUGGUCUGCGGGAAUCAAAAGAAAAAUUGAAAGGAGAGGAAGACAAGGUUCGUCUGAGGCGUACAAAGGCGGCUUUGAGCAAAUUGGAAGGCCAGCUCGUUAUACAGACUCCUCAGUUGAUAAUCCCAAUAUCAGAAUUUCAGAAUCAGCGACAUCUUAUCCUUCUAGUGACCGAACGUGAAAGAAAUCACUGGCGGACAGCUCUCGAGAAGGCAAUCCAAAGUGCUGGGGGCACACGAAGUGGUCCCCCCACCAAAAAUACCGUUUUGUUAAAGGCUGCCACCAUAAGUAGCUCCGACGGUGCUUUUGAGACCAGGUCGCGCAUGGGGAUAGAGCAAACCUGCCCACGAAUUAACUCCAGUGAUAUGGACAAGAUACUUUGUAAAUAUCAACAUCUCAUAAGAUUCAACAAAACCGGGCUGGCACUACUCAUGGGUCAGAACUCAUCUGGAAGAACAGGGAUUUUACGAACUGAGGUACACGGGAUCACUGGUCUCAACGAUAUAGACAGUGAGUGUCGAUUCCUUGACUUUGAUUUCGCCCAAAAUCUAGAGACCAAUUCAGUCCGAGGAAAUAGUUAUCUCCGGCUAUGUCAUCUCAAAUAUAAGUCCUUUCCGAAUAGUUAG